AUGGAUGUCAAGUCACCACACACAAAUAAAAAGAAAGAGGAUGGACUUUAUGACAAACCAAACGCCCACAGAUCAGUUGUUCUAUCUGAUAACUCCAUCAUAGGUAUGUUCCCAAAGAACAGGGUUUAAUGAAAGUCAUGAAAUGUUGUUUGUUUAGAAACCCCGAACUUCCUUCUGCUCUUGUUGUAUAGAAUCUGUGACGCAGACAACUAGUUUUUCAGAGCAAACUUCCACCGAGGAUCUUCAAAUAUCCUUAACAAACAACUCUGUGGAUGUAUUUCCAAAUAAGGCAUCAGGUAACUCAUAUACUUUAUACUUGUAGCUACGACUUCUUAAAUCUAGAGAUGUUGCUGGCUGCUCUUUUCAAUGUCUUGUGCACAAGCUUUUGUUGAAACCAACUUGCAUAACAACUAAUAAGGUGGAGUGACAGGACCAUUAUCCAUCAGUGACUUGUGCUCUGUAGAGAAAGACCAACCAAAGCCGUCUGGUCCCUUGCUACCACCCUCUGUGGAGGUCGGCACAGUCCAUGAAGCAAAUCGGUCUCUAAGGUUAAACAGCAGGAGUCAGGAAAGCAUCAAAACCAUGACCAUCUAUUCAGAGUCACAGAGUGAAGGUAAGGACAAAAACUGUUGUAUAUUCCUUUGAAUCCUACUUAUUUCUACUCCUUUUUUUCUAAGAUUAAAACUGUCUUCUAUCCCCUGACCUCUUGUCUUUGUCACUGUCUUGUCUAUCCUGAGACACUUGUGCUGCUAUCCUCAUGGCCUGCCUCUUCUGUCACCCUCUGGACUGCUUACUGGCCACAAUGAGAGGGUGUAAUGAGUGCGUUUGGUCACUGUGCUCGUCCCUGUGUGGCUGUGAGCCCUCCGCCCUGCAGCCUCUCCUGGACAUCACUCACCACUGUGACCUCUGUGGAUGUCUGAGCAUUUGCUGCUGCAAGUGUGAAUAUUCCAUCUGUGAUCUCUGCCUUCAGGCUACAGAGUGCCUGGACCUCGCUAUGGAAAUUUCUCAGAUGCUUUACCACUGAUUCAGACUGCUAGUAAAGAAACACACCCAGACGAGAAUCACUGGGAAUCAUUUAUUUGUUAA